AUGUCGAAGCGCAAAAGACCAAGGAAACCCAAGGGAGAAUCUCGCAAUGCCUUGGAGCGCUCUGAUCCCUCUAAUGGCCUGCCUAGCCGCUGGUGGCGCAGCGCAGCACCAUUUCCUGUCAUGGCCGGUACGCUAUGUGCUAUCGCAAUCAUGUUCAAUAUCUGCACUGUCUCCCAAGGAUGGCAGGAAAAGGAAAAUGCUGAUGGGAGCAUAAGCAUACUGUCUCAACCAACUUGGAUGGUCGCACUCAAAGCGGUAUCCUUAGCUCUGGCUUCUAUAUCAUACAUCGUGCUAAUACUGACAAUGAUGGCCAAACGAAACCCACACAAAGGAUUCAUUGUGGUAUUAUCGGGUUGGCUAACUGCAGGAGCAUUAUUGUUCAGUCUGAUAGGUGUUACUACUCGACGGCAUCCAAUAGUGCAGCCACGACAGUCAUUAAAGUAUACCCAGAGUUACUUCUACGGCAUCCUAACUGCAAGUUUGUAUAUUUUUAUUGCAAUUUUACUGGCAGCUUAUACUGCCACUGCGCGCUCAGCUUCUUUAAGUCGCCAUGACAGGCGGACAGUCGAAUAUACAAGCAUUAUCCUGCGAACCAUCACAUUUAUAAUCGUUGUUACUGGCGGUGCAGGUGUGUACAGCACUGUUGAAGGGUGGUCUUUUAUGGAUGCCCUAUACUUCACCGACUAUACUGUUCUCACUAUUGGAAUCGGGAACAUUGUUCCUAAGACGCAUCUCGGAAGAAGCCUACUAUUUCCAUACGCCACUGCCGGGAUUAUCGCACUGGGUCUCGUUGUCAGCUCGAUAACAUCAUUUAAGAAGACCAUCAGAAAUAUGAGACUGAGAUUGGAGCUCCAAGAAGCACGCAAUAGGCUUCUGGAACAAAAGAAAUCACCCAGACUCACACAUGAUGAACACAACGACAACAUAACAUUAUCCAGCAUACCAUCCACUGCGACAUUUCCUCAAACAAGUGACGUCGUGGAACUCCAACGCAUCCGAUCCGACUUCAAUCGAAGAGUCCAAUGGCAAGCCCUUCUAUUCUUCGUGACGGCAUGGUUUGUCCUAUGGCUUCUCAGCGCCGCAGUAUUUCGUCGAUCGGAACGCAACCAGAACUGGACAUACUUCACAGCUCUUUACUUUACAUACACCUCAUUAACAACCAUUGGGUAUGGAGACUUCUAUCCUACCAGCAACUUUGGAAAAGUUUUCUUCGUCUUCUGGUCGUUACUCGCUAUUCCAGUUCUGACCAAUCUUGUCACUGUCAUGGGUGAAAUAGGUGUCCGGACGCUUGUUCACUUUGCUGGUUAUAUCUUGAGACUAGGCAAAUCAAGACGCAAGACUCGGAAUAAGAAGAAGGACGAUUCAGAUCUGGCAUCUUCAAGCAAUUGUAGAGAUCUUGAAAAGCAUGCCCAGUGGUCGUCAAACCUGAAGAAGCCAUCACAGGACUUGAGUACAGUAGGGACAACGAGCACUUUUGCAAAUAACGAGCUUGACUUGUCCCAGUCCAUGAUUAAAGCGGGACAACAUAGGCUUCUGCUAGCCGAAGAAAUCAAAAAGCUAGUAUUGGCGCUUCUGGAGGGAUCCAGUGAGCAGGACCCUCGUCGCGAUUGGCCGUGGAUCCUCUCUCUGCUCCAUUCCCGAGAUGGCGAGGCGACUAGUUCAGCUGAAUACACUUUUCCUGAUGUUAUGAACCAAAGUAUAUCAUAUUCAUAUGAGGGCCUUAGCAGCGAGGAAAGAACAGCGAUCGAAAAGAAUAAUGAAACCUUGUUGAUGCUCAAGUGGUUGACAGAGAAGCUUUGUUCGGAGUUAAGUAAGGGAGCAGGACCGAGUGCACCUUAG